CAUUUGUAGAAUGGACCUUUGCUUAUUCCCACAUGACCACUGCCCACCAAUUGAGUUUGUUGUGGGAAGUUGAUAAAGAAUAAGAUAUGGACAUUGCAGUUGGAAGAAACAUCCAAAUUCUGGCAUUCUCUGGUUCAUCUUUUCAUGGAAAGAGUAUAUGUAAAACUUCUGUAGCUUUGAAAGGAACUAAUUGGCCUGCUAGAACAGGACAUUCUUUAAGGCAAUGCAGAACGGCGGUUAGAGCUCAGCAAAGGCCAACAUGGCUUCCUGGGCUUGACCCUCCACCCUAUCUUGAUGGAACUCUUGCUGGAGAUUUUGGGUUUGAUCCACUAGGACUUGGAGAGGAUCCUGAAAGUUUGAGAUGGUAUGUACAAGCAGAACUAGUUCAUGCCCGUUUCGCCAUGGCUGGGGUUGCUGGAAUUCUUUAUACAGAUUUGCUUCGAGUGACGGGAAUAAGUGACUUGCCAGUGUGGUAUGAAGCGGGAGCUACAAAAUUCGAUUUUGCAAGCACAAGAACUCUUCUCAUUAUUCAACUAUUAUUGAUGGGGUUCGUUGAAACAAAAAGGUACAUGGAUUUUCUAAACCCUGGCUCUCAAGCAAAAACUGGAUCCUUCUUUGGGCUAGAAGCUGCAUUAGAAGGCCUUGAACCAGGGUAUCCUGGUGGUCCUCUACUGAAUCCUCUUGGAAUUGCAAGAGAUAUAGAGAAUGCUCAUGACUGGAAGCUGAAAGAGAUAAAAAACGGACGGCUAGCUAUGGUGGCUAUGUUUGGCAUCUUUGUCCAGGCUUCUGUUACCCAUGUUGGUCCUAUCGAUAAUCUGGUCGAGCAUCUCUCCAAUCCAUGGCACAAAACAAUUAUCCAAACCAUUUCUGCAUCUGGUUCUUGAUCAUUUAGAGUAUAUAUGUUUCAUGACAUACUGAUAUGUGUUCAUAUAAAGGCUACUUAGUGAAGCAAGUCAACCUUCUGUAAGAAUUCAUGCGUAUCAAUCGUUUCCUACAAUUAAUAUAGUGGGACAUGUAGUAGAGAGCAAUGGUCAAUGGGAGGAAAUAAUAGGCUAGUAUACAGGACAGAAGAUGGAAUCAUAUGGUUUCAAUACAAAGAUCAAACACCGAGUGAUCUGAGGAUGUUCUUCAGACGACGAGGAAAAAACUUACACAAACUGGCCGCACCAAACAAUAAGUGCAAUAUAUGUGCCUUACAUAUAAACUAUUAUUACCCAUGAUAUGUUUUCUUACUA